AUGCAAGUGGCGGUAAUAAUCAGAUUAAAAUGCUUUCCACCAUACAUUACUUAUGCUAACCAACGAUAUUAUAACGGAGUAAUAUUCUUAAAAGGUUUACUUUUAGAUAUUUCAAUACCGAGUUCUUAUGUUUUCCACACAGUAUGGUCAUGUCCAGAAGAGUGUGAAGGUAAUGAAGUUAUCUUACAUUUUAUACCAAAAGCGCCUCCUAAAUGUUAUGUUUGCAGAAGCAUUUUAUUUGAAAAUAGUGGUUUGAGAAGAUGCGGGGAGCAAGUUAAAGCUACAUUUUUAUCAGAAUUUGAACUGAUGCCCAAAAGCUAUUUAGUUGCUGACGAUUUAAUACCUAAGUUAAAGACAGGACGUAUGUACAAUAUUCACGUAAUAGUUUUAAAGAAGAUAAAAGCUGUUUGGUCUGUGGAAGAAACCGCUUAUUUACCUGCACCUUUAACAUAUCCUAUUCCUGAUGAUAUAAAGGAGCUGUUUGAAGUAUGUGAUGGCGUGCCAUGGAAGUUUAUAUACUGCCUAGCUUCAUCUAUAGGUGCCAGAGUAUGCCCUUUGCACUGUUUUAUGCAUGUUAAAAUUAGUUUAUUGCUCAGCUUAGUCAGCGUAAAAGCGAAUUCUGUUUUAGGAUCACCAAUUAUUAAUGUCUUGAUCUCAGGUUAUGAAACAAAGUAUGUUGGAGAUUUGAUGAAGGAAGCCGUGAAAUUAGCUGAUAGAUCAGUCUUUCUAGGCAAUUCUCAUAGUUCUGUUAAAACAUCAUUUAUUGCUAGUUCUGGAGGUGUAUGCGUUUUACCUUUACCGCUAUACUUAUACAAUCAAAAACAGAUAUCAUUUAUAUUGAAAAGUUUAGAAAGCGGAGAAAUUACUACGGAGAAUAGUGAAAUGAAAAUGCAAUGUGCGGUGUGGGCACACACUAACUAUUCAAAGAAAAUUACGAUGAAUAACUUGUCAAGUAUAUUUGGAACAGUGUGUCGCGGGGACUACGGGGAAUAUUCUGAAGAUAUAUCUGAAUGUUUACUGCAGGGAUCAAUGGAAGAGACGAAGAUCAGUAGGGAUGAGGUAAGAGCUAUAGAAACCAUUAUGUCAUACAUUAACUUAACUGCAGGUGUGAAUGUUACUUUAGACAGGACUGCUGAAAAUCUUUUAAAAAACUAUUUCUUAGCGGCGAGGAAAGAAAGGCCACAAGUGGCAACUAUUGGGAGCAUCGGAGCUCUGAUUGCCGUUUCUAUGACAUCGGCCAGACUCUGUCAUAGGUCUUUAGCUAACAUUGAUGACGCGCUGUUAGCAAUAUGGUUGCAUGUGUGCGGAAGCCCUGAACCUAGAUUUGCACCGGAAGAAUACCUUCAGACACCAGCGAGUAUACAAAAAUUACAAAAAAAUAUGACGCAUUUUAAAGAUUGGUUGGAACAAUUUACAGGCAGUUGUAUUUUUUAA